AUGUCCAUCUCGAGUGCUAGAACGUCAUUGUCUGCCCAGGAACUAGUCGGCGAAGCGAAAUUGGCGGACGUUACCAAAAUCAUAGAAAGCCUCAAGGCAGAUUUAGAUAAAAUCAGCCUUUUGCCGCAUCAACGAGAUGCACUCCUGGAGCAGUUAAAGGUGUAUGGCCGUGACCCCACCAACGCAGAUCCGGUAUUCACGAAAGAGGGCAUCGAGACUCUUUCAAGGCAUGCCUUCAAUAGCCCCUCGAAAACCACUUCUCGCAACGCGCUUCGAUGCCUCGCGAACGCCCUCUUACUAAAGCCAGACACACGACAGGCAUUAGUUGGCUUGGGUUACGAUGUGAAGGCUUGCACUCUACUCAAAGAUAGAACUGGGUCCGUCGACGAUGAGUUCUUGUUAUCCAGGAUUAUCUUCCUCACAACUUACGGUACAACGAUCAACAUUGAGGAUCUCAUCGAUCAACAUCAUUUAGCGAACACCAUUUCACAUAACAUUAUCAACCAUGCAAAACUUCACAGUGCGAAGCAGAAGAAGGUCAAGCAAUUGGAUCCGAUGGAGGAUAUGGCUCUUGUCGAAUCGCUCAAACUGCUUUUCAACAUCACACAUUUUUGUCCACAACGAAACUCCAGUUUCUCGCAAGCACUACCUCACAUUUUAUCCAUCCUUCAUAAAAGAGAAAUUACUCCAAACACACCCCUCGAUCCCCCCAUUGCACAACUCAUCAACACCCUUAUCAAUCUACCCCUCGAAAAUCCUGGAAACAUCAGUGUGUUGUUUCCCAAAGCAAAUGCACACUCCCACGUCGAGAAAUUUAUUGAACUCCUCGAUCAAUCUAUCAAUAGAUACAAAGACGAAGAACUUGAGCAGCUUGUCUCACCACUACUCACCCUCAUUCGCAAAUUGUAUGAAAUCGGUCCUUCGGAAGCUCACCAAUUCAUGCGAGCCCAGUUGCUUCCAAGUGAAAAGGACCGUGAGCAACCUGUCGGCCGAGGAGAAUCAUUGUCUGCACGCCUAAUUCAGCUUUCUAUAAGUCCUAUGGCGCCUCAAGUUCGGGAAUCUAUCUCAGCAUUGUUAUUUGAGUUGUCUAAUAAAGAUGCCAGCACUUUUGUUCAGAAUGUCGGCUACGGGUUUGCGUCUGGCUUUCUAUUCCAGCACAAUGUUCCUAUUCCAGAAAAUGCCUUCGAAGCAUGGAGUACAGAAAACGAUAACAAGGGCGACGGUAAAACGAGGCCCAGUCAGGAUAGUGGGAAAGCGGUCAAUCCUAUAACUGGACAACUUCUCGAGGCGGAGCCGAAGAUCGAUCUGCCGGAGAUGAGUCGGGAAGAGAAAGAGAGGGAGGCUGAGAAAUUAUUCGUAUUGUUUGAGCGAUUGAAGAAGAAUGGGAUUAUAUCUGCGACCAAUCCUAUGGAGGAAGCAUUGCAACAGGGGAGGUUUGAAGAAUUGGAGGAUGAUGCAGAAUCAGAUUGA